AUGUGGACCAUCUGGGUGAUCACCUUCUGGAUUUCAACUGCCCUGAUCAGAGCUGUCCCACCUGUCUGUGACCUCCUGAGCGUCCUUAAAAAGGAGGAAGAAAACUGUGCUGAGACUCUCUCCCUGGAAGCCAAGAACGGAACGUCCAAUACCGAUCUGCUCCUGGGCUCAGGCAGAUGUGCUGGAAUGUGGGAUAACAUGAGCUGCUGGCCUUCAUCCGUCGUGGGACAGACUGUCAAUGUUCCCUGCCCUGAAUUCUUCCAGAUGCUGACUGGGAAAAAAGGUUUUGUCUACAGAAACUGUACGAGUGAGGGGUGGUCAGACCCAUACCCGAGACCAGAUAUCGCUUGUGGCUACAACGUCAAUGACACGACCAACGAGGCAAGACGUUCCUAUUUCAUGACUCUGAAGACCAUGUACACUAUCGGAUACUGCACCUCCCUCGUGACGCUGAUGAUAGCCCUAGCCGUCCUGGUCUCUUUUAGAAGACUACGCUGUACGAGGAACUACAUCCACAUGCAUCUCUUCACAUCGUUCAUUUUGCGAGCCUCGUCCAACUUCAUUAAGGACGCCGUUUUGUUUUCCUCCGAAGACACAAGUUACUGUGGGGCAUACACGGCUGGCUGUAAGCUCACCAUGGUCUUCUUCCAGUAUUGCAUCAUGUCUAACUACAGCUGGCUCCUCGUGGAGGGACUGUACCUCCACACUCUCCUGGUUAUUUCUUUCUUCUUGGAAAGGAAGUUCCUCUGGCGGUUCAUCGCCCUUGGAUGGGGUGCCCCAACCGUCUUCGUGGCCGCAUGGGCGACUGCUAGGCAACUGCAUGAAAAUAUUGGGUGUUGGGACAUUAACACUAAUGCCAAUACCUGGUGGAUCAUUAGAGGCCCUGUAGUUUUGUCUAUUUUUAUUAAUUUCAUUCUUUUUGUCAACAUUUUAAGAAUCUUGAUGAGGAAGCUCAGCUUGCCUGAAGGACGGAGCAGCGAUUUCAACCAAUACAAGAGACUUGCAAAGUCAACUCUUCUCCUCAUCCCUCUCUUUGGGGUCCACUACAUCAUUUUUGCUUUUUUCCCUGAAGACGCAAGCAGCGGCACAAUGGAAAUCCAGUUGUUUUUUGAAUUGGCUCUUGGAUCAUUCCAGGGCUUUGUCGUGGCUGUACUUUAUUGUUUUCUUAAUGGUGAGGUUCAGCUGGAAGUUCAGCGAAAAUGGAGGCAGUGGCAUUUAAGAAAACACUUGCGUCAGCACCUCAGCACCUCGGCGAGUAACGGGGGAAGCUGCUUAACGCAAGAGAUUCAGAUGGUGCGGUCGAGCCCACCGGAGCACAGGAGAGCAACCCUCCAAAGAUCAAGCGUGCUUUAACUCUG